GGCUUCUCUUCCAAUUUUCUACCUUCGGUACACUAGUAAAACAGUAACUACGCGAACUUGGCGCUGGAGCUGGCAUGGCCUCGUUUUGACCUUUAGGCUUUAGGAAUAUUGGCAUCAGGUACCACAGCGCAUUUGGCAAGUUGCCCGCUGAGGGAAAAACCGUCAUGGCUGCCGCCGGCGCCGGCCUGACCGAGGUUGGAAGCGAAGCGGACAACACUGCCAUCACCUUCUCGCUCAAGGACGAGGAUCACACACUUGGCAAUGCUCUGCGGUACAUCCUGAACAAGGACCCUCGUGUGGCAUUUUGUGGCUACAGCGUCCCCCAUCCUUCAGAGCAAAGGGUGAACGUCCGUGUGCAGACUACUGGCGAAUCUGCCAGAACAGUCUUCAAAAGCGCACUGAGCGAUCUUGCGGUCCUGUGCAACCACGUGAAGGCCGCCUUUGAAAAGGCUGUGGAGGAGCAUAAGGCAGAGCAAGGAGUGGAGCCAAUUGAAGUGGAUGAGGAGUCAGACUGAAGCAGGCUUUCAUAUACCGCCAUUUACGCAACAGCGAUCGAUCGAUUGAGCUUCUCUUAGAAUCCGAGGAAUAGCAGGAAUACAAGAGCAGAGAUGGCCCUUCCUAGCGUGUUAGCAAAGCUUCUACCUUUUACACGGCAAGCAACGGCUCCUAGCAUCGUGCGUGAAGCAUUCGCAAUACUAACCCAAAGAUUUACAACAGUGGAGGUGGCUUUGACAAAGCAUAGCACAUGUCUUGGGGAUCAGAUUGCGACCAAGCCAGUUUUGGGGCUGCCUUCCGCAGGGCAGAAUGCAUCAGCUAGCAUCAGCCAGCCCCAUCCCGCUCCCAUACCUUUUCCAAGCAUCUCUUCCUCCGUCUUUCUUUUCCGCUCUGUCAAAACCUCUGCUAGGACUACCUCCAAAACUCCCAAACCCCAAAAAGCCGCGCUUGCUUCGGGUCUUCCAAGUGGGAAACCGCCAAACCAGGUUGUUAACCAAUCGAUCUCCUCAAAGUUAGCCGAGAACCUUUCCAGAGCUCGCUCGCAAGCGGCGCCUGCGACAUUAGCCUCGUCAGCCGCUAGUCCAGAGUUCUCAUCUGGGGGUGCAAGAGCAACAACCUCUGUGCAUGAGGCGGGGGGGCCCGGUGGGGAGGCGUCUCAGCCACAAUUUAGCGGGAGUGAAGAAGAGAGAAAGGGGAGUAAAGUGGUGCGAGUUUUGGCAAUAAUGGUGCUGGGGUACAUUGGGUGGAACAUCUACCCGCUCAUGGGCGAGAGUAUGGUAACCCAUGCGGUGGCGCUGACUCGGAGCAAGGACCCCUUCCUUCAGCGGAGCGGUGCGUCUCGAGUCGCCAUGAUCGCCACUACGGAGAAGCGGAGGCGCAAGGUCGUGGAGCUGGGGGGAGUUGCUUCGCUUGCAAGGAUAGUUCGCAACGAGUCGGUGGAUGAUGUGACCCUCGAACAGGUGCUCGAUUCGCUUGUCAAAAUCUGUGAAGGCCCGGAGGCAAUCGCCGCACUGCGGGAAGCAGAUUUGAAUACCACUUUGCAGCGGGUCAUGGCAUCUCGGACAGAGAGUGGGCUGUUAGACAAGGCAUCGGUCUUGCUGGAGCGUUCUAUCGAGACAGAAUUAGCUAUCUGACAAAUAAGUUUUGAUCGAUCGUAGCUUAUUGUGGUAGAUCGUCGCGCACUCCACCUUGCAGAAAGCUCUGUAUCCAUUGCUUCUCUGCAGAUGCACAAGGGCAGUCUGGGUGGC